AAGAAUUGCUGUCUUUGAGAAUAGCUAGUAGACCGGAAUCAUGUUUGUCUACGCUGUAGGGCAAUGCCAAGGUCCGCUAUAAAAGCCUCCGCUAGCUUACGAAGAAAGCUUUCUGCCGAUCGACACGGGCUCUCACCUACUCGACACAAGAUGGCGUUGUCUUCAAUAAGCAGAUUAGUUCUGCUAGUCGCCGUGGCGUACAGUGAAGCAUCCGACAUAAGGUUAUCACGAACUAUCAGACAAGCGCCAGGCAGCAUUUUCACCGUCGGCAACGGCGAGCAGUGCCUCGGCUCCGACAGAACGACUGGCGGUGUCUGCUUGUCGAGAAACCAGUGUAACACGCAAGGAGGGAAGGCUAUUGGCUUCUGUGGCGUUUUUGCUACGUGUUGUUCCCUGAACGCGUGCGACGUCCGAACCAACACUAAGGUGGCGGUCUUCAUCAACCCCCCACUAAACCGCGAAUCAUCAGGCCUGGAGUGCUCAUACAACGUCGAGAUAAACAACAACAAUGUUUGUCAAAUGAGGAUCGACUUUGAGACGUUCAACCUGGCGCCGCCAACUACGGUCGACCCCGUGGAAAACGUCACCCAAAGGCCGGGCUUCACGUGCAGAAACGAUAUCUUCCAAGUAACCAACCUCCAGGCCAACUCUGAUUUCCUUCCGCCUCUCUGUGGUGACAAUAAUGGACAGCAUUUGUACGUCAGAGUAAACGCAUCUACCAACAGCCGAUCCAUCCGCAUCAACUUCAAGAUUGCCGACCGCAGUUCGCAGCCUAAUUUGCCCCAGGCGACUUGGAAAAUCAAGGUCACUCAGUUGGAGUGCUUCAAUACUCUGGGCAAGUACCGCGAUGGCAUCCUGAAUGCGAUCACUUCGUCUCUCCCGUCUUCACCACUGUCGAGCUCCGCCGACAGAGACGAGUACCUCAUUGCGCCCCCCGGUUGCCUGCAAUACUACCCAGACCGCUCCGGGUCCUUCGAAUCCUUCAACUACAACAGAGGCGCCGGGCCGUACAUCGCCAACCUUGCUUACGCCACGUGCUUUAAACGGACAUCUGACGUUUGUGGUAUCAAGCUAACGGCCGCAAGCUUUGACAUGGCCUAUCGCCAGGAAGACAACCUGUACCUCGACACCGACUGCCAAAUCAACCCGUUCACCCAAGGCGCAGCGCAGUCUGAAGACUACCUCUUCAUCCCUGAGGCUGAGACUGCCGACGGGUUGAGAGGAGCCAAGUUCUGCGGGGAGAGUGCGAGCAACCAGAUUAUUGCUUCUACCCCGCCAGGCCCUCUCUACGUCCACUUCCACAGCGACAACCUGGUGACAGACGACAUCAAUGAAUUCGGAUAUAGAUUCAACUAUAACGUACUCAACAACUGCGUGCUCAAGCGAAAGUGAGCCUUGGUUGUUAGGAUUAAAGGCCUUGGCUGGAUUGUAUUAUUAAGCUGAUUUCAAACUUGGUUUCUGGUCGCGUUAUUUUAUUGUUAUUGAAUGCCACUAUUCAUUACGUUUUUUUUUUUU